UACUCCCCGGACUUCUAAGAUAACAACUCCUUCUUCUUCACUCCUCCUCCCUCCUUCUCCAUAAACAAAUUCCGUCCAAUCUCUCUCUCUCUCUCUCUCUCUCUCUCUCUUCCCCUUCUAGUACUCUCUCUCUCUCCAAAAGUAGCGCAGAACCUGCAGAUAAUUGACAAUAUAGAUAGAGAGAGAGGACGAGAGACAGAGAGAGAAAGCCAGCAGUGUAGUCAGAUGACAACCUGCAGCAGCAUGAAUAAUAAUCAUCCACAUGUCGAAGAUCAGAUUGUGAACAUCCCUCGGUUCUAUUCCGGGAUUUACACCCAACUGGUACCGCCCCAGCAACAAGGACAGGUGAAGGCGGCGCCGCGGCGGCGGCGGAAGAAGAGCAAAGGAGAGGGCAGCGGGGGUGACGGCGGGGCCAGAAAGAGGAAGCUCAGCCAAGAGCAAGUGAAUCUGCUGGAGUUGAACUUCGGGAAUGAGCAUAAAUUGGAGUCGGAGAGGAAGGACCGACUAGCCUCAGAGCUGGGCUUGGAUCCGCGCCAAGUGGCUGUGUGGUUUCAGAACAGAAGGGCCAGAUGGAAGAGCAAGAAGCUCGAGGAGGAAUACUCCAAGCUCAAGUCCGAGCAUGAAACUGCCGUAGUCGAGAAAUGCCGCCUUGAAACUGAGGUAUUGAAGCUCAAGGAACAGCUCUCCGAGGCGGAGAAGGACGUACAGAGGCUGCUAGAGCGAUACGACGGCGUUUCGAGCAACAGCCCGAGCUCUUCCUUCUCCAUGGAGCCGCCUUUUCUGGACGGGUUUGGGAUGGAGGGGUUUGAUAAUAUUUUUUAUGUGCCAGAAAGUAGUACUUACAUGCAUGGCAUGGACUGGGUUAACCUUAUAUAAUGAUCAUAAUAACCGUAUUAUGAUUAUUACUAUGUAAUUAGACCAAUUGUGGUUUUAACGUAGAUAGUGACCAUCUCCUAAUGUACACAUCUUCUCCUCUCUCUCUUUUGCCUAGCUGGCUUUCUAAUUUCUGUUCUAGUGUUCCAGUGGUAUAUCACAUUUGACUGGAAGAUUGGACUUGUUUGUCAAUGGUAACAUAACUAGCUUUUUGACUA